AUGACAUCACCAGACCCCGACCAACAACAGCCCGCGGCCAUCAACUACGUCGCGGGGUUCCUCCUCGUCGGCCUCGCGUGGGGCUUCACCACCCCCUUCAUCCGCCGCGCCGCCAAGGACCACCACCCCGCGCCGCACCCGAUCCUCGAGAGCGACGCCGUGAAGGCCAGCUGGCUCCGCAGCCGCCUCUACGGCGCCUUCUUCGGCGUCCUCGACCUGCUGCGCAACCCGCGCUACGCCGCCCCGCUGCUCAUCAACAUCACCGGCAGCGUGUGGUUCUUCCUGCUCAUCGGACAGGCUGAAUUGAGCUUGACCGUCCCCAUCGUCAACACCCUAGCCUUCCUCUUCACCGUGAUUGGCGAGUGGUGGGUUGAGAAGAAAGUCAUCAGUCGAGUUCGUCUCCAGCGCGUGUGGAUUGGUUGCGCACAAUGCUGA